GUUUUAGAAGAGACUUUAUCAAAACUCUCGAGUUUCCAAGCAGACGAAAAUGGCUUCCAUUUCUCUCUCUCCAACAGUUCCAAAAGGAUACGUUGAAAUGAAAACAAAAACAAGCCCAAGUAGUUCAGCUCCAUGCCCAUCCAUGGCUUUCUCGAUCCCGCCCAUCAAAUCCUCACUCGGCUCCUCUAAAUCAUCACUUUUCCAACAUGGCUUCUCUCUACAAUCAUCUUAUUCAAAUGGGCGCUUCUUCAAAUCCCGUCACUCGGGUGUUUAUGCAAGAGCAGCUACUGAGAAGACUCUCUAUGAUUUUACAGUCAAGGAUAUCGAUGGAAAGGAUGUCCCUCUUAGCAAGUUUAAGGGGAAGGUUCUUUUGGUUGUCAACGUUGCUUCAAAAUGUGGCUUGACCUCAUCAAAUUACUCAGAACUGUCACAUGUCUAUGAGAAGUACAAAACUCAAGGAUUUGAGAUUCUAGCUUUCCCUUGCAAUCAGUUUGGGGGCCAAGAACCGGGAUCAAAUACGGAAAUCAAGCAAUUUGCUUGUACACGAUAUAAAGCCGAAUUCCCCAUUUUUGAUAAGGUUGAUGUCAAUGGUCCCAGCACUGCUCCGGUUUAUCAGUUUCUGAAAUCAAGUGCGGGAGGUUUCUUAGGUGACAUUGUCAAGUGGAAUUUUGAGAAGUUUUUGGUGGACAAGAAUGGUAAAGUAGUGGAGAGGUAUCCACCAACAACAUCACCUUUUCAAAUUGAGAAGGAUAUCCAGAAACUGGUUGCAGCUUGAGUAAAAGGGCAGGACAACACUCAUGGAGUGCACAGUAAGGGGAAGAUGGGGGAGGUGCAUUGUUAUAUAUGAGGGGAAUCUCUGUAUAUUAAAUGGCUUCGAAUUUCAUACGUAGCUGUCUCGUCUCUAGUUUUUUGUUCUUCCUUUUCUAUUAAUGGACACACUGCGUCUUUUCUUCUUCUAUUUCCUAAUAGCAUAUAUUACUAGUUGUACUCCUUAAUUUGAUAUUUGUUUUUCCUAUUCUCUCUAUCCUGUAGAUUGUACAAGAUUUCCUAAUUCUGAAAUCUACUGCACACUCGACCUAGCUUUUUCGGUCA